AUGGACACAAACUGGCUGACUGCACGCAAUAACCAUACAUACGAAAAUGGCCGCCGCUACUACGGCUUCAGGUCCGAAUUCCCUUUCCCAGACGACAAAACGGCCGUCACAGCACACGGGGCCAUCAACGGCAUCUGGCAUGAACUCCUAGACGGCAGAACCUUUAUUGCCCCUAUAGAGCCGGUCCAGAAAAAACACAAAUUUCUCGAAUUCGCUACCCGCAGCGGCUCCUGGACGCUCAUGGUGCUGGAGCGACAUCAUCCUGCCCCGCGCUUAACGGGCAUAGACGUGACUCAAAUGUCUACAUAUCUCGGGUAUUUCGAGAACCACGAGAUUGAAGGCGAGUGGCCGUUUACUGCAAAGCAGGCAUUUCAUUUGAUCCAUGCGCAGUCCCUGGGCGGGGUGAUUGCCGACUAUGACGGGUUCUACGCUAAUGCGUUCCGGCAUCUUCUCCCUGGCGGGUGGUUAGAAGUGUGGGAGAAUGACUUGCGCUUCUUUACCGAUAACCCACAGAAUGAGACCCGGCUGGUGGCGCUCAGGGAAUGGGAGGCGCUAAUGCAUGAGGCGGCGGCUAGGUUUGGCAAGAGAAUCAACGUGGCAGCCGAGCAGAAGGAGCUAAUGCACUUAGCUGGCUUUGUACAAGUCGAGGAACAGAUAUUCAAGGUCCCCUUUGGCGACUGGAGUGAUGAGCCAAAUUUGAAACGCACUGGGUCUUCCUAUGUGUUCCAAAUGCAGUAUGCGCUGGAGGGAUACACCCUGCGUCUAUUCACCAAGACAUUGGGCUGGUCGAAGGAAGACACCGAUGCCUUGAUUAGUCGGGUGCAGGAGGAACUAAAACAAGAGGACCUGCGGCUCUAUUCAUAUUUCCAUCUCUUUAUAGGGCAGAAGCCCGCAAACGCCCCUCGAAAAUAA